UAUCCCGCGAUUCUUGAAUUUUGCUUGAGACGAACUUAGUCAUUCUUCAGAGAAGGUACGCCGGUAUUUGGCUUUAUCAACAUCACACACUGUAGAAUUGGACCAGGAAACAAGUUGAAGGAUACCUAAGGUGUAUUUCUAUGUGAAUCAUGAACUCAGAGAAGUGCACAUCCACAUUGACUCCCAUGGCCACUUCAAAUGGCAGGAAAGCUGUUCGAAAGGCAAAGAAGUUCUCAGACAGCUCGAGCUCGCCCUCAAGGAGAAAGUCCUUGCAGCUGCUCCAGCCUGUUGCUGGUGAUCAGUCACAACUAGUAGGAUCAGAUGGAGUCAUUAGACUCACCAAUCAGGUGAACAAGACCCCCAAACGGAAGUUUGCAUGUGAUGGAAAGAGUCAGCCGAAGAAAUUUUUCCGUCCAGAUGUUGGAAAGAACUUUACCAUCUUCGAGGAUGGAUCUAGCUCAUCAUCUUCAUCAUCCUCUCAAACUCCAUCAGCUGAGCAGGAGACGAUAGACAUGAUGACUGAGGCCGAACCCACAGGGAAGUACUGGGAGGAACUGGCUGAAGAGAGGAGGGUCGCACUGGAAGAAACACUACAAGAGAAUGAAAAGCUGUUUAUUGAGAACCGUGAACUGAAGGAGGAGAAUAGCAAGCUUCAGGUUAUGGCUGAUCAAGCUGAAUACCUUGCUGAUGUUGUUGAGACCCUGAUGCAAAGGAUUGAGUCAACGACGGAAAGCACACCUGAAAGCCAAGAAGAUACAUCACAAAAUAAUGAUGAUAGAGACACUGAUCACGAUGCCGACAAUGACCAUGUCGAUGAUGAGGAGGAUGACGAUGAGGUUUUUGAUCGCGAUGAUGACCCUGUUCACAAAGAUGGCAUGACAGGUGAUGAAAAGGUUAAAGAGUUAACAGCCGUUGAUGGAGAGGAAGAUGAAGUAUAGCAUUGGAUUAAAAACAAACUGAAAACUUGCCAUCUUCUGUCCCACCUCAUCAAAUGCGAAGUUGUGAGAAAGUGAAUACUGCAGUGAUGCUUCUAUGGUCGAAAGCCCCAAAAUGGACGAGGAGCAAAAUGAUCCCAUUUGCCUAUGAAACAAGGAUUUUUUCACUUGCCAUUACUAUGCCUUCAAUAUUUUUCAAACUGAAAAGCUGAUUGAUACUCUGCCUAAAAAGAAGAAUAUGGAAUCGAGAGACUUUGAGGAUUUUGCAGCUUAUGGAAAAUAUCAUUAAUAUUUUGACAUUCUUAGAAAUUUCAACUCGAGUUCGUUCUCCGUUAGGAAAUGGUAGGCAUGCUCAAUAUGUAUGAUCUUAAUGAUGUUAAAGGGUACUUUAUAGUCGUCCAAAACUGAAAGAGAAAUAUAGCAUUGUGGUGAAAAACAGAUACCACACUAAAUUUGUGAUACCUCUGUACAUGUACUGGUAUAUAUUCCAAUACCACACAAAAAGAAACUGAAAUAAAGUAUGAUAAGAGAGACUGUACCUUAAUAAUUGAAUAACUUAUACUCUUAUCAGGUACAGAAGGAUAAGGAAGCCUACUUGCAUUUAAAUCGAUGCCCCUCUUUGUUCUAGAUGAUAGUAUAAGGUUGCAUGAAUUGAGACAAUUGAUCUUUAACCUCCUUGACACCUCCCUACCUUUCUCUCCGGGGGGGGAAU